GUGGCAGUUCAGGAAAGAGCUUGUGGCUGGUGUUUGAGCAGUGUGUGUCUGCUUCAAACUGGGGCAGCCGGUUUCGGUUCUUCUACAUGGGGCAGGUGGGGAAAUAGAGGCUUCUGCCUUGGCAUCCAAUGUUGAUGUAUGUUCCCUUCCCAGUACAAAAUCUGCUAUGGUAAGAAAUCCCAGUAAGUUCUUUCUGUUUCAGGAUGGGGAAAGAUCGUGUGAGGAACCUUUGGCCCUCCAGAUGCUGUUGAACUACAACUCCCAUCAUCCCUUGGUCAUGCUUGGUCGGGGCUGAUGGGAGCUGUAGUUCAACAACAUCUGGAGGGCCAAAGGUCCCCCACAUCUGCCCUAGUGUUUCUAAGGCCAUAAGGUCCCCACCACAAAGAAUCUUGGGAACUGUAGUUUCCCCCCUCACAGAGCUACAUCUCCCAGCACCUUUAAGGAAUUACAGUUCUCGGGAUUCUUUGGGGGGAAGCAUGUAUUUAAACAUUGUAUUUGUGGAGCCUAAAUCUUGGAGGUAAUGCUAAGGAGGAGGGCUUAUUUUCAGUCAGAACUCAGGUGGGUGCCAUAGCAAGGGAGGUGUUCACGGUAGGUUCUGGCAACUCUUUUUCUAGAAAAAUAGCACUGUUGUAUGGAAGUGAGAGCUGGACCAUAAAGAAGGCUGAUCGCCGAAGAAUUGAUGCUUUUGAAUUAUAGUGCUGGAGGAGACUCUUGAGAGUCCCAUGACUGCAAGAAGAUCAAACCCAUCCAUUCUCAAGGAAAUCAGCCCUGAGUGCUCACUGGAAGGACAGAUCACGAAGCUGAGGCUCCAAUACUUUGGCCACCUCAUGAGAAGAGAAGACUCCCUGGAAAAGACCCUGAUGUUGGGAAAGAUGGAGGGCACAAGGAGAAGGGGACGACAGAGGACGAGAUGGUUGGACAGUGUUCUCGAAGCUACCAGCAUGAGUUUGACCAAACUGCAGGAGGCAGUGGAAGACAGAAGUUCCUGGCGUGCUCUGGUCCAUGGGGUCAUGAAGAGUCGAACAUGACUAAACGACUAAAUAACAACAACAACAAAGGGGGCGGGGGCAAGAUGCAGGCCUCUCCCUGCUUUGCAAGGGAUCCAUUCACACCUCUGAAAGGAGCAAUCUGCUCAUCUCCCAUCAGCCCUCUGGGCAGAGAGGACAAGACAAGGCUGCAUCCAUUCUCCUCAUAUGACUCCUGACAGAUUUAUCCUUAGGGGAUGUGGCCCUUAAUGGGGAAAAUGCAGCCCACUCCUAAUAUCAUGUUUAUCUGCAAACCUGAGAUGGGCAAAAGGCAGGUGAGAAGGAACUUAGGGCAUGAUCUAGUAAUACUACUACUACUACUACUAAAUUUUAUUAUUUAUACCCUGCCCAUCUGACUGGGUUGUCCCAGCCACUCUGGGCAGCUUCCAGCAUAAUAAAAACACAGCAAACCUCAAACAUAAAAAAGCUUUCGGUUACAGGGCUGCCUCAAAAUGUCUUCUAAAAGUUGUGUAUUUCUUUAUUUCCUUGACAUCUGAUGAAAGGGCGUUCCACAGAGAAGGCGCCACUACCAAGAAGGCCCUCUGCCUGGUUCCAUGUAACUUCACUUCUCGCAGUUAGAAGGCCCUCAGAGCUGGACCUCAGUGUCUGGGCUGAACGAUGGGGGUGGAGACGUUCCCAAGUCAAUACCUUUUAAGUGAUAGAGAGAGCUAUAGCUAUGUCAGUCAAUGAGUGAGAGAAUUAGGUGCCUCCUUAACUCUCUCACUGAAAUCAGGGCCGGAUUUAGGUUUGACGAGGCCCUCAGCUACAGAAGGUAAUGGGGGCCCUUUACAUGUCCAGCUGUCCUUUGUCAACAACAAAUUGUCACUGGGUUUUUUGUGCUGGGUUCAAAGCAUAUUCAGGGGGCUCGCUCCCCGAGUCCCCGCCAUCAACAGUAGCAGUCAGGGAGGUUUGGAGGAGGCUGACUGUGAAACACCCAUUUGAUCCUGACUCACCUGAGAAACUCACUUUAUAGUGUAACCCCUGUAUCAAUAUUGGGGAAAAGAUGGUGUUGUGGAAGAGCUGAGUGGCAAGCUCUGAAUCAGGCAGGUAGCAAUGGGGUGACCCUAUGCCUUUUCUCCUCCUGAAAUAUCGUUUAACUUGCUGGAACAUAUUCCCUGUUCUUCCUUCUCCCUUUCUCCCCUUUUCAUUUUUGUUGCUGGUUUUGAUUGCAUCUGCUUGACUUUGUGUGGUUUUGUAUUAGAAAUGGACAUUCAUCAUCGUUGUUGUUGUUGUUGUUGUUUUGUGCAUUGUAAUGGGCAAAACAAAUAAAAAUCAGUUGUCUUUGCGUGCGGGGACACACACACACCUGCUUUAAAAGUUUAUUUAUGUAUGCCACUACUGCAGCUCGUGUUUUGUAAGCCCCCAAAUGGGAAACGAGUGAUGUCCUAACUAAAGAAGAAUGGCCACUUAAACUGAUGGAACAUGCUCACCUUGCAGGCCUAACACAGAAUAAGAGAACAAGAAGAACAUAUGUUUAAAGAAGAUUGGAAAAUGUUUAUUUAAUAUAUGGAAGGAACUUGUGUUUAUUUGAAAAUGUGGGCAGCAUUAAGAUAAAUUCAACAGUGUAAAUAAGUUUUGAUGGAUGUAAUAAUGGAAUACUGAAUGGUUUGGUUUAUAUAAAAUAUGCGUGGAUUUAUGUUAUGCAAAAUGAACCAUGGAAAGAGAAGAAGGGAAGUCAUUGAUAUUUUAAGGUUGUUUAAAUGAAUUUUCCAAAAUGUAAAACAGAAAAUUUAAUCAAAAUUAUGGGAAAAAACAAGCAAACGUAAACUGCCCUAAAUCCCCAUCUGUUUUAUAACAGGAAGUAUCCAGAGAACCCCAUUCCUCAUCAGAUUUCUCCAACUUUGAGACGGAGUCUGUGCACCAAACAGACAAGGAGAUUCAAGCAGAUCUGGAUCACACCAGCAAUGUGGAAGGGUCUGAAUAUUCUUACCAAGGAGGCAGUGUAGGGUUCAAGGAGAUGCAAACCGAGAUUGAAUUUGCUGUGCAGAUAACCCCAAUUAAAGAUUUGAAAAAGCAUCAGGAGAGGAUGGUAAGUGGCAGCGGAUGUGGGGCAGGGAUUCCUUGGCUCUGGGAAUCCAGUUGAACUCCCAUCCUUUUGAUGGGAGCUGUCGAUUACACAGAUCCAGCGGUCACCUUUUCUCAUGAUGCUACAUCUGCAACCAAUGAGGGCAGGAGGUCUGUGAGGCAUGUAGGGGGAAACAGCCUUGACCCAACUGCGCAUUCAGCAAGUGUGAGAAGAGAGCCGUACAUGCCUAAUGUUUCUCCUUGCAAAUGGGGUUCCUGGGCCAUUCAGGGUCCUUUUCUUUACAUAGAGAAGUAUCUGUUCAACAGGACUCACGUAAGGUCCCUUCUUAUAACAUUUGAUUACUGGAACACACUCUGUGUGGAGCUGCCCUUAUAUUUCAUUUGGAAGCUGCAACUAGUACAGAAUGCAGUGGUCACGAUCCUCAUGGGAGCAGAUUAUUGGCAAUGUGAUUUCUGCUGCAGAGAGAGAGCUGUGCUGGUUGCCAAUUUGCCGCCAGGAAAGCUUCAAGGUUCCUGUGUUAAUUCGCAAAGCCCUAGAGCACCAUCAGAUGUCAAGGAAAUAAACAGCUGUCUGACUUUUGGAAGACAUCUGAAGGCAGCCCUGUAUAGGGAAGUUUUUAAUGUUUGAUGUCUCGCUGUGUUUUAAUUUGUUGGAAACUGCCUAGAGUGGAUAGGGUAACCCAGUCAGAUGGGAGGCAUCAUCAUCAUCAUCAUCAUCAUCAUCAGAUGGGAGAAAUAAUAAUAAUAAUAAUAAUAAUAAUAAUAAUAAUAAUAGGACCAAGGUACCUUAAGGGCCAUCUGAUCCCUUAUACUCAAGCAGAGAUCUGUUUCAAACCACUCAUGAAAUCACAACAGAAACAGCAGAAGCAGCUGGAAAUUUAUUUAACCCAGUCCAACCUCACAAACUUCCAAAUGGCUGGUGGAAUAAGAAAAGCUUUAAAAAUAACCUUAAAAUGCUGAUAGAACUAGCCAUCCCUGGACAACUCCUUGCUCCAGCUUCUAGUAAGGGCUGUUGCUUAUAGACUUCAUGGAGGCAUUUGAUUGGCCACUAAGGGAAACGCCGGUGCUGGAGUAGACGGACCCUCAGCAGGGCUCUUCUUAGGUUCUUUUGCAUCCACACUUCACAUUCAGCCCCACAGCAUGUGUCUACCAUAUGGUGGAUACCAUGGAUGUCUCCAAGACAGAUAAUGAUAGAGCAUAGUAUCUAUAGUACGGUAGGUGCCAGUGCUGAGGCUGAUAUCUCUCAGGAGUUUAAGAAGAGCCCAGCUGAAGGACCAGCCACUCUAGCACCAGCGUUUCCCAUAACAGCCAAUCAAAUGCCUCCAUCAAAUUCUGGAACAAGCCCAUGACUUAUCUAGUCCACCAUCCUGCUCUCACAGUGGCCAAAUUGCUUCUCCAUUGACCCCUUUCACAUGGUUUUGUGGUAUUUUAUGCACUGCGACUUGCCGUUAUAUUUGUGGAUUGUAGUUUAGUACUGUAUUUUUCCGUGUUUAACACGCCCCUGUGUAUAACAUGACCCCUAUUUUUUGGGACUCCAAAUUGAGGAAAUGGGGGGAGAUUGCCCACCAGUGUUGUUGAGCUUUUUUUGGGGGGGGGAUUGCCCAGAGUUCUUCAGCUUUUUCUCGGGGGGAUUGCCAAGACUUGUUGAGCUUUUUUGUUGAGCGCCUGACCGCCGCAUCAAUGAAGCUGAGAAGUCUGCCUGCUCGCCCCCAACAGCUGCCAAUCACCUGCCCAAUUGCUGCAGCCACCAAUCACCCGCUCCAAUGCCCCUGACAAUAUCUUGCUCGCAGCAGACACCAAUCGCCCAUCCCAACUCUGCACUAUCCGUGUAUAAGACGACCACCAAUUUUUUGCAUUUUUUAAAAAUAAAAAACCCUCAUCCAAUACAUGGAAAAAUAUGGUAAUUCUUUAUUCUAAUCAAUAAGUGUAAAGUGUUUAAUUAUUCUUUGCUGAUACUUAAUUUUACUGUUUACUAUUAGAUUCUAAUGAAUCGUUGAAUGUUGCUUCAUUUGAUAUCAGUGGCUUAUUUUAAAAUUAUUAUGCUUUUUUGCAUUGCAUCAGAUUCUUAUUAGGUGUCAAAAUAACAUUGUCAAAAGAUCAAUCCAUUGGCAGGUUUUGAUUGAGCUUUGGUGUGUAAAUAGGAUAAUUUUACAAAAUAAAAUUUAUAGUAAGUUAAAUAACAUGGAUAAAGUAAAGUUUAAGCGUGUAUUUAAGGAAUUUAAUUUGGGAAUGCAAGGGAAGAUCGGAGGGCUUGUCAAAUUUAAUCACAAAUGGAUGUACAAAGCAAGUUAAAGAAUGAAUAAUUGUGUAUUUUUUGUUUCUCAUUAUGCCUAUAACAUCUAUUGUACAUUUCUGUUCUAAAGUUUUCAAUCAAUAAAGCAUUUAAAAAUGGGGGGCGGGGGCGGGCGGAAUGGAGCAUAGCUGGCCUGGCUAGUAGCCACUGAUACUUCCCCCCGCCCCUCCUUUCCUAUUACAGGACGCUGCAAGGGACACGCCAGCCUCUUCGUACGUCCCUGAUGACAUGACGGAGACCUUAGACAAUAAGAGUCAGGGAGACCGGCUGGCCAUCAGCACCCAGCGAGGGACCAGUGCUCUGCAGCCAGAAGCCUACUCCAGGAUAGGCGAAGCCAGCAGCAUGGAGCGGAUGGGUCAGUUGCACAGCAGGCAGAUCACAGCAGCUGAUCUCGACCUGGAGAAGAUGAGACUUGAUGGUGCAAUGACCAGACUGAGGUACCGGCAUGAAGACAAUGAGAAGAGGCGGCAGCACGAGGAGAAAAUGCAACAGCUACAUCAUCAGACAACCCCUCGAUCAGUAAGUGAGGGGGGAAGAAGGGGUAGAUGUGAGCAUUCCAUUAAAAAUGGAAACCAAAUUCUGCAUUCCUUGGCCUACAGCAUCUUUGGGCAUUGUUCUAGGUCAGGGGUCAGCAAGAUCCUGGGCCAGAUCAGUCCCGCAGAGAUCCCUCCGUGAGCCGGAUCUCACAUGCAUGAGCGUGUGAUUUUCUUUUCUUUCUUUUUUAUUAGUUUUUUAACAUAUCAUUUCCAACAAUCGCAUUAUAUAUCUUCUUAUCUUAUACAUUGUUUUAGACUUCCGUCAACAACUCUGAUGAUUUUCCGUCUUUUAUCACUUAUUCUGCAUUUCUUAAUAUAUCUAUUACUCUUAACUGUCAUCAACUAAUAACUCUUCUCAUAGUCUUUCUUGUAAUAUUUCAUAUAAUUCUCCUUACAAAACUUCUUGCAAUCCUACUAGCGUAAUCUGUUCAUUACUAUUACUUUUCAAAUAGUACAUAUAUUUACAUAUAUUUACUCCAGUCUUCUAAGAAUCUCUGAUCCCGCAGGUUUUGAAUCCUUCCAGUUAAUUUAUCCAAUUCUGCAUAGUCCAUCAAUUUCAGCUGCCAUUCUUCUAUCGCUGGUAAUUCUUCUUGCUUCCAUUUUUUUGCGUGUGAUUUUCGGUGUCUACAUCUGCACAGAUGCGACUUUCAGCAUCUGCGCAUGCGCAGAUGUGAUUUCCGGCACUGUGGAAGCGCGUCCCUGUGCCGUGCUGCACAGGUUUAGCGCAGCGCAUGAGCGGGCCAGUCAAAUGACCUCCGCGGGCUGCUUCCAGCCCAUGGGCCUUAGGUUGCUGACCCCUGUUCUAGGUGCUGGAAUCGAUCUGUAAAAACUCUCAGCUGCUUAGUUCCUGCUAGGGAUGGAAGGAUCUGUUAAUUUCUAUUCUCACAGUCUCAUUUUUCCAACCUUAAAGCCAGUUCUCCACAUGCCUGUGGCAAUUUGCAAUUUUUCAUUUUUUUUUUAAACCCUCAUGAAAAUUCUCCAGCAUUUGAGUGCCCUUUUCUCCCAGUAAACACAUUUUUGUAUGCAGUUUGGACCACGGCCAACAUUUCUGCAAGCAAUACAAUCCUAAUGUAAUGCAUUUUUGUAUGUUAUUUUCACAAAUAACGUUCGUGGGGGUUUUUUGCACACUUUCCACUAAUGUAUGCAUUUUUUGCAAAUGUGGUUUGGUUGGAAAACUGCAUUGCAAAUUUCGGAUAAGAGCGACUUUGGAAGGCUGGCUGUGUUUCAGCUCUCAUCUUGCUCCAGAAAGAGAAAUUCUCACAGAUUCAACCUUAAAUACAAGCUAAAUUGAAUUCUCCUCCACCCCCAGCUCUGCCUCUACUGACCCUUUGGCUUUGUCUCCCAUUAGCUAUCUUCUGCCCCACCAGAUCCAAUGGAUACCAGCUUCCACUAUCAGGCCCUUGAGGAUUUCUCCCAGCCAUGCCCUCUCCCUGGCUACACCUCUCACUGCCCCUGCUUCAUAGCUGAGGCUGAUGGGAGAUCUGGAGGGCACCAGGUUGGCAACAUGCUUCCAAAACACACAUUUGGCUUCUGCUGCUGUGUCUAAAGAAGACGUUUUUGCUGUCCUCACCCAGAACAGUUGAUGCAAUAAGAAUAUAGGAAACCCCAAGGCAAGCACUGCCCAUUGGAUGCUUCAUUCAAAUGACAUUGGGGCAAAGGGGGCAUGGUCCUUUUGCUCCAGGAGGGAAAAAUCUCCAGGAAGAAAAAGAAAGAAAACACAUUAGUUGCCAUGUUGUGGGCUUGCCUGACUUCUGCAGUUUGACAUUUCUCCGAAUCGGUAUUUUGAAUGCACAAUCUAAAUAUUUCAAACAUGCUUAAGUCUAUAUAAAUCAAGGAUGGAGAACCCGUAGCUCUCCAGCAGUUGUGGGACUCCAGGCCCCAUCAAUCCAAUAACAUCUGGAGGGCCUUGUUUCCCCCACUCCCAAUAUAAAUCAAUGGAAUUUAAGUUGAGCACAUUUACAAUGUCUAUGAAGAUGCGAAGCCCUCUGGGUUCAAUGGGAAGGUGUUUAUAGUAUGGUAGGCUCUUUGGGUAGCUGAUCAUAGGGAGCGUUUUAUUAACAGACACCUCUUUUUCCUCCCCCCACCCCUGUUUCUCUCCCCCCUCCCCCACAGAUUGGGCAAGAGCUCCACGAACUCCUUCAGCCCCAGAACCAGUAUGCCCUAUUUUUUUUCUGCUUCAUCUUUAUCCACAUUAUUUACACAGCCAGGGAGCUGGCUUUCUAUUUUAUUAUGAAACACGACGUAUUCUGCUUUGCCAUUUUGCUGUAUUUCAUUUUCAAGAAGAUUUUACUGGAUUACAGAAGUAGGAGAAACUAAUCACGAAACAGCAGCAGACUCUAGGCAGCAGAGAAAGAGUGCAAGCAGCUCCCUGAUGUUUAUGUAUCUCCGUUCUAUCGCCUCUCCCUUCCCUCCUCUUUAGAAUUUCCCCCUUUUUCAGUCGCAUGCGACGAAUGCAAGAUUUGGCUUGGCUGUCUAAGUGCACUGGCAGUUCUCUCUAUCAAAUGCUGCUGAAUGUUGUUGUUUCCCUUUGCUAUUCAGUUAUAGGCUCAUCCAUUGCAGCCAUCCCACCUGAGCCUGUCACAGUCAUCGAUGUUAAUAAAGUGGCCUAGAAUUAAACAAAAGAACUGAUUCUA